GCCCCGGUAACAGGAAGUAAUGGUGCAGAGCUCCGGGAGCCAUGAGACGGGACCAGCGGCGGAGACUGGCCGUACUGAGCGUCAUCGUAAUCACCGUCUUCAUCGUCACCAGAUCUUCUUUAUACAAAAUCUUCCCCAUAAGGAUGUUAAUCCAUCGCACAGGCCUGCAAGCCGAGAAUUCACAAUUUCUCCUAGAAGGCAAACCCAUCAUGAUUUUGGGAGGUUCCAUGCAUUAUUUUCGAGUACCUCAUGCUCAGUGGAAGGACCGGAUGCUGAAGAUGAAGGCGUGUGGCUUAAAUACCCUUACUACCUAUGUGCCGUGGAAUCUGCACGAGCCAAGACGAGGGAAGUUUGACUUCUCUGGGAACUUGAACCUCGGAGGUUUUCUAGAUAUGGCAGAUGAAGUUGGACUCUGGGUUAUUUUGCGCCCUGGACCAUACAUAUGCUCUGAGUGGGACCUUGGAGGUUUGCCGAGCUGGUUAUUACGAGACAAGAACAUGCAGCUACGAACAACGUAUAGCGGCUUCACAGAGGCAACCGAGGCUUUUUUUGAUGAAUUGAUCCCGAAGGUGAUCUGGCAUCAGUACUCAAGGGGCGGACCAAUAAUCGCAGUUCAGGUGGAGAAUGAGUAUGGCUCUUACGCUAAGGACGCCAACUACAUGGAAUUUAUAAAGACCGCCCUUGUCCGCAGAGGGAUCGAGGAACUUUUACUAACGUCUGACAACAAAGAUGGUCUCAGUUCCGGGACAGUAGAAGGAGUUCUGGCCACAAUCAACUUCCAAAAGAUUGAACCCAUUCUCUUCUCCUAUCUGGACUCCAUCCAGAAUAACAAACCUGUCCUGGUGAUGGAGUAUUGGACAGGGUGGUUCGAUCACUGGGGAGGGGACCACCAUGUCUUUGAUGUUGAUCAGAUGAUGACGACUGUCUCAGAAGUUCUGAAAAAAGGCGCCUCCAUUAAUCUUUACAUGUUUCAUGGUGGAACCAACUUUGGCUUCAUGAGUGGAGCUCUGCACUUUCACGAGUAUCGUUCUGAUGUUACCAGCUACGAUUAUGACGCCCCAUUAUCCGAGGCUGGCGACUACACUUCAAAAUAUUACAAGUUACGAGAUCUGUUAAGCAAGUUUCAUGUGGAUCCACUUCCUCCUGUUCCCCCUCUAAUCCCCAAAGCCACGUACGGUGCCGUGGAGCUGAAACGCUGUAUAUCUCUAUGGGAUGUUUUGAUAUCUACAGGAGAGCCAUCCAGAUCAGAGGAGCCUAUUAAUAUGGAAAAUCUCCCAGUGAACGAUGGGAACGGGCAAUCCUAUGGCUACACUUUGUACGAGGCCGUUAUAUAUGGAGGAGGCAAAUUCCACACCAACGGGAAUGUCCGUGACAGAGCCCAGGUUUUUGUCAGCACUCAGUCUGUUGGCUCGGUGGAUUAUAAAAAACAGGAACUGAAUAUUCCAGAGGUUCCAGGCUACAGGAAAUUGCAAAUAUUAGUAGAAAACUGCGGUCGCGUUAACUAUGGAAACAGAUUAAACGAACAGCGCAAAGGCCUUGUUGGGGAUGUGUUCCUUCGAGAUGUCCCUUUGAGGAACUUUAAGAUGUAUAGUCUUGACAUGAAUCAGACCUUCAUCAGUAGUCUGAACACCUUGCAUUGGUCAGACCUAUCAGAGGAGAAGUGGGGACCUGUGUUUUAUCAGGGAGCUCUGCAUGUCCUUAGCCAACCACAGGACACCUUCCUUAGGAUGAAGGGCUGGAAGAAAGGCGUUGUGUUUGUAAAUGGGAAGAAUUUGGGUCGUUAUUGGGAUUUUGGUCCUCAAGAGACCCUUUAUGUGCCGGGAAGCUGGCUAUUGCCUGGGGUUAAUGAGAUAACGAUAUUUGAAGAGUAUAAAUCUGGUCCUACUUUGUACACGGUUGAUGCCCCAUUUCUUGGCCGGACACAAUAUGUGGAUUAAUAAUGUUUUGGGAUGAACAUCGUGGUAUGUAGAUGACAGAAUCAGAAAAAGACAAAUCGUUGUAGCAAAUGAAAGAUGUGUAAGAGGUUGUAGUAUCAUCUGCUUAGGUGAGAAAAGUAUAACACUACCACUCAUAACUGAAGAAUGAACACAGGAAAAACAACCAAAAUCUGAAGGUCUUUCAUCUGAUCAUUUAAUUAAAUUGAUUAUAUUAAGAGUCAGCAAACUUCUUAAGCAGGGUGACUAAUCUCAAAAAAACUGACAAAAACUGCGCCCGCUCCAGAAAUUAGACAAAGAUUGCACCAAGAUGUCACAAAGACUGCCACUCCUCCAAUGAUUUUAAAGAUCUAAUUUUUUUUAUAGACUGAUGUUUUAAUCAGAAUGUCAUGGAAUGAGAUUCUCUUAUUUGGGACAAGUUACCAACAAUCCCAGCUCUCUCCGUUUCCAGUGCUUCCAAC